AUGGCUAACCGUCCGCGGAGAAUGCUAACUACACUACAAGCUGUCCAAGAGGUCUACCGCGAUCUAGAUAGCGGAGAUGAAGAUUUGGAUGAUGAUGCCAGUCCUAACUGGAACGGACAUGAUUCUGAUGAUGUUGAUUCCAGUUCUGAUCAUGAUCAAGAACAAGAGGAAGAACAAGCCGAUGAGCGCGAAGAAACAAGGUUUGAGGAUGUCCCCGGUCCUUCUACAUCUGCAAGUAGAGGCAGAGGUCGAGGCAGAGGAAGAGGUAGCGGCAGAGGAAGAGGCAGAGGUGCAGGGGGCACAAGGAGAACCACCACAAACACCCGAGAGUGGACCAGAGAUGUUGGGAACUUUCGCCCAGUGAUUGCAGACUUUACUGCUGCCCCUGGCAUAAAAGUUGAUGUGAGUAACUUUACCCCCUCCCAGUUCUUCUCCUUGUUUGUGGACGAUGAUCUACUCCGCUCUUUGGUCAUUGAGACCAAACGUUAUGCCGAGCAGUACUUGGCUGCGACACCCUUGAAACAGCACUCUAGGGCUAAUCAGUGGCACAAUACUGACGUGACAGAGAUGAAAUGUUUCAUCGGUGUGUUUUUAUUGAUGGGUAUGAUCAAAAAGCCUGAAAUAAAUUCAUACUGGUGUACUGACCCUCUCUUUACAACCCCUGUCUUCAAUGCUGCCUUGUCUAGAGAUAGGUUCCUGCUGUUGCUGAAAUUUCUCCAUUUCAGUGACAACACUAAUAUGCCCAAUGUUCAAGACAGGAAUAGGGACAGGUUGUACAAGAUCAGACCUGUUCUGAACCAUCUCUUCGAAAGAUUCCAACAUGUUUACGUUCCAGACCAGAACGUUGCCAUUGAUGAGUCCCUUAUGCUGUGGAAAGGUCGGCUUUUGUUCAAACAAUAUAUACCGCUGAAAAGGGCUCGGUUUGGAAUUAAGUCAUUUCUUUUGUGUGACGGCAGUGGUUACACAUACCGUUUUCGCAUCUAUGCAGGAAAGGACGAGAGUACUGAGGCCAUUGAUGAAAUGCUGCCAGACGAGUGUGCCACCUUUGGCAGACCUGCCAAAGAGGUUGUCUACCUCAUGCUCCCUCUGCUGAACAAGGGGUAUAAACUCUUUGUGGACAACUGGUACACUUCUGUGGACCUAUUUUCCUUUCUCCACAGCCAACAAACAUCAGCUUGUGGCACAAUGAGAAAAAACAGGACCGCUCCUCUGCUCAGAGCGCUUCAUGUUGAGAAGGGAGCUACUGAAAGCUGUGCCAAUGGCCACCUUCUUGCUCAAAAGUACCACGACAAGAGGGAGGUAUACAUGUUGACCACAUGCCACGAGCCUCAAGGGACCACAGAGAAGCCACCCUCUGUGUUGUCAUACAACGUAAACAUGGGCUCCGUAGACCGCCAUGAUCAACUUCUCCAGCCAUAUGAGGCCACGCGAAAAAUACUCAAGUGGUACAAGAAGUUGUUCGUGCGCAUGGUUCAAGUGGCAAUGCUCAAUGCCCACAUCCUGUAUGAAAAAGCAGGGAAUAAGUCAACUUUCCUUGAUUUCCAGAAAGAUGUUGUUUCUGACUGGAUCUUUGGGGAUGAUGGUGCCCCUAGUGUCACCGAUGAUCAUGCGGUCCGACUGUAUGACAGGCACUUCAUUGAAGUUCUUCCCCCAACUGAAAAAAAAGUUCAUCCCCAAAAGAGGUGCCGUGUCUGCACAAAGAAGAGUUUGCGAAAAGACACUAGGUAUUACUGCCUAGACUGCCCGAGUAAGCCAGGCCUCUGUCUGAGUGGGUGCUUCAAGAAGUACCACACAGAGAGGUUUUACUGGCGGAACUAG